AUUGUCCAGGCGUUUGUAAUUAAUGUGCAGUUGAUUGUAGAUACAUGGCAUCAUAGAGACGUUAUCGGAACAUGAAAGUCUCUUUAACUUGUAUGAAGGCAUCAGGUUGCAGUUUAUGCAAUAUGUGAAUCUGCAUGAAAUUGUUGCCUUUUGAGUACCAGAAAGGUCUGACAAUAAUAUAAUCAAGAAAUCAUAAAGUCAGCUAUACAGCUUUAAGGUCCAUAUUGAGGAAUCAUGUCACAGUCAUUGUUAUCAGACUUAAAAAGAUUCAGGUACCAGAAAAGACCAACUGAAUCUGCUGGGGAUGCAUCUCAGGGGAUGGGCCAGGAACCUAGCACUGCAACAGAGCCCUCAGAGUGCGGUCUGACCAGCCCUGUGAUCGGCCGCCGUCGUGUCAGCUCGUGCCACAGCGCCGACGGCGACAGUCCUGUCCGACGACGUCGCAUCAGCUCUUGCCACAGCGGCGAUGGUGACAUGCUUGUUGUCAAGAAGAGGCCGGCUAAGCGGUGCGUGCUGAGCGAUUCGGAGGAUGACGGGGAGGAGGAGGAGAAGGAGAAGGAGCCGGAGCCGGCGCCGGCGCCGGACCCGGAACCGACCUGUCCGUCUGCCCCCGAUAGUCCCCGCGCGAUCGACCGCAACCUGGCCUUCAUGCAGGAGGCCUUCCCCGAUGCAGACGCCAUGGAGCUGCAGGACUGUCUGGCGCAGCACGGGUGGUGCCUGGAGCCAGCCAUGGCGGCUCUGGUGGAGAAGGCCGGUGACCGGAGUCCUGAGACGGCGCCCCAGCCGGCCGCGGCCGCCGCCAGGCCGGCGGUCAAGCGGCGCCGGCUGGUCCUGCUCGAGUCGGACAGCAGCGACGAGGACGGCAAGCCCGCCGCGCCGGCCAGCAACGGCCUCCAGAACGGCGCCGCCAGAGCGGCGACGAACGGGCUCCCGAAAUCGAAACCGAAGCCGAAGCCGGCUCGACGGCCGCCCUCUGAAGCGGCGGCAGCGGACGACAGCGACGACGAGGAUUUCGAGGCAAAGUGCGUCGUCUACAUGAGUGACAGCGACGACGACGAGGACGAGGCGGCCGGCGGCGGCCGGCGGCGGCCCGACGGGCUGCGGCUGGCCGCCGACCGUCGCCUGGUGGUGCAGUACCUGGACUCGGCCACCACCGACGAGCUGGCCUGCAUCAACGGCUGCAGCCGCAAGAAGGCAGAGCUGAUCGUCCAGCAGCGACCGUUCGCCGACUGGUCGGCCGCGCUGGCCCGUUUUAUGGGCCUGAAGGGCCUGAACCCGCAAAUGUUGAACGCCACGCUGCGAGUGCUGCGCAUGCGCCAGAUGCUGGACCGGCUGCUGCAGCGGUGCGGCGACAUCGCGCUGAAGCUGAAGGCGCGGGUGGCCGAGCUGGUGCAGGGCCGCGCCGACCAGGACAAGAUCACCGAGCAGCCCUCCAACCUCAACUCCGAGAUGCGGCUGUCUCCAUACCAGCUGAUCGGCCUCAGCUGGCUCAUCAUCAUGUUCAAGGAGGGGCUGAACGCGGUGCUGGCAGAUGAGAUGGGCCUCGGCAAGACGAUCCAGGCCAUCUCUUUCCUGGCGUACCUGCAGCAGCAGAACGCCGCCUGGAAGUACCUGGUGGUGGUGCCGUCCUCCACGCUCGACAACUGGGUGCGGGAGCUGUCGGUGUGGUGCCCCUCGCUCUCGGUGGUGGAGUACCGCGGCUCGCUGGAACAGCGCCGCGACCUGCGGCAACUGCUGCUGCGCGAACAGCACGACUGGCAGGUGGUCGUCACCACGUACAAUACGGUGGCCAGCUCCCCGGAGGACAGGAUGCUCUUCAGAAACCUCAGCUUCAAGUACAUUGUGUUCGACGAGGCGCAUAUGCUGAAGAACAUGGGCUCCAAACGAUACACGAAUCUCAUGAGGCUGAUCGGGGAGCACCGGCUACUGCUGACGGGCACGCCGCUGCAGAACAAUUUGCUGGAGCUGAUGUCGCUACUGGUGUUCGUCAUGCCGCACAUGUUCGGCAAGUUCCGACAGUCGCUUCAGACCAUGUUCGAGGUGAUCCCGAAGGCGUCCGGUCAGGAGAGUCGCUCCUCGUACGAGGCGGCGCGCAUCAGUGAGGCCAAACGCAUCAUGUCGCCGUUCUUCCUGCGGCGGCUGAAGCGGGACGUGCUGGUCGACCUGCCGGCUAAGCGCGAGGAGGUGCGGCGGAUAGCCAUGACGGCCGGCCAGGCAGCCAAGUACCGCCAGCUGCGAGACAACUUCGUCCGUGAGACCUCCGACAAGCUGCGGGGCUCGGCGGCUGACGUCUCCCAGACCGGCAUCGGCCUCGUCAUGUCGAUGCGGAAGCUGGCCAACCACCCGCUGCUGCUGCGCCACUACUACGACGACGCCAAGCUCCGAGAGAUCACCAAAAUCUUCGUUGCGAUGCCUGACCACGAGCACAAAGAGGAGGCGCUGGUGUUGGAAGACCUAACAUACAUGAGUGACUUCGAGAUUCACCAGACUUGCAAGCUCUAUCCGCGGCUGCGCGGCCACCAGCUGCCGGACCAGCUGAUCCUGGACUCGGGCAAGUGCGCGGCACUGGACCAGCUGCUGCCGCAGCUGAAGCGCGACGGCAGCCGCGUCCUACUCUUCAGCCAGUUUGUCAUCAUGCUGGACGUGCUGGAGGCGUACCUGCGGCUCCGCGGACACAAGUACUGCCGCCUGGACGGCCAGACGGCGGUGACCGACCGGCUGGAGCUGAUCGACAAGUACAACUCUGAGAGAGACAUAUUCGUGUUCCUGCUCUCGACGCGCGCGGGCGGCCUAGGCAUCAACCUGACCUCGGCAAACGUGGUCAUCCUGCACGACGUCGACUUCAACCCGCACAAUGACCGUCAGGCGGAGGACCGCUGCCACCGGAUCGGUCAGACCAGGGAGGUGCAGGUCAUCAAGCUGAUUUGCGCCAACUCCAUCGACGAGUGUAUGCUGCAGGUCGGCCAGGAGAAGCUCAGCCUGGACAGAGACAUCAGCGGCGGCACAGACGCGCCGGGCGAGGCGGAGGAUCCACGAGACGUGCGUCACCUGCUGGAGCUGGCGCUCGCGUGCGGCGACGGCUGACGCUCGACCGCCCUAGGCACCCCGCGAGCGCUGGCGCCGCCCG